AUGGUUACAUUAGUGGGACUCAGCCUUUUGCUGCUGCUUUCAGCUCAGCUUUUAGCAGAAACAACACAGAGAGUGGAGUAUGACUACUUCAAGUACCAUCCCAUGGGGGAGAUCACCAACUGGAUGGAUCAGAUUGUGAAGGAAAACCCCAACGUCGUCACCAAAGUGGACUAUGGAAAGACCUAUGAGAACAGGACCAUUAGCCUGCUCAAGAUUGGCUCUAAAUCUGCAUCAGCUAAGAAAGCUAUCUGGAUGGACUGUGGGAUACAUGCCAGGGAGUGGAUCUCCCCAGCCUUCUGUCAGUACUUUAUCAAUCAGUUGCUGCAGACAUACAAAACAGACCCCAAAAUGGAACAGAUGAUGAAGAACAUGGACUUCUACGUCACCCCUGUCCUCAACGUGGACGGCUACAUUUACUCCUGGACGGACAACUCGACCCGACUAUGGAGGAAGAACAGAACACCAGGACCUGAAGGCUGUGAAUGUUUAGGCACCGACCUUAAUCGCAACUUUGACAUCAACUGGGGCACUUUGGGGAUAUCAUUUAACUGCUGCUCCAUCGUCUACCCGGGGAAGUCUGCCGUGUCAGAGGCAGAAGCGCAGGCCAUUACUGACUUCGUAGGAAACCGAACUGAUGAGAUCCUGUGUUUCCUCACCAUCCACUCCUACGGUCAGAUGCUCCUCAUCCCAUACGGACACCCGAAUGUCAUCGCCCCAAAUGAGAACGAGCUGAUGGAGGUGGGUUUGGCUGCUGCAGAGGCCAUGAAGAAGGUCCAUGGGAAGCAAUAUACAGUAGGAACAUCACCAGAUAUAUUAUAUUCCUUUUCUGGCUCAUCCAAAGACUGGGCUCGGCUACAGGGGAUCCCAUUUGCUUUCACCUUCGAGCUGAGAGAUGAUGGGACAUAUGGCUUCGAACUUCCAGAGGAUCAGAUCCAGCCGGCCUCUGAGGAGGCCUACAGUGGAGCCCUGCACAUCAUCACCCACGUCCACGAUAAGGAGUUUAUCAAGCCGACAAGCACAGCGGCCACUGUGGCUGCAAUGCUGUGGACCACCAUGAUGGCUGUGUUUGUCACCAGCACAGUGAUAGUGUAAAAAAUGUCAAACACUUAACUACCUUCACCCUUAGAUGCAUGAGUGACUGGAUCCUACACACUUUUAUAAGUAGGUCAAAAAUGACCUGUAUUGAAAUCAGUGUGUUUUUAUGGCACUUUUGUCAUUUUGUCAUGUUAAAAAUAUUA